AUGCUUGGGCUCCCCCCAGGCCUGCUGGAGGUUCUGGAAGGGCUGGGCCGCUGCCUCGACACCUACCGUGGCUGGAUCUCCCUCAUCUACAGCGACCUCUCCAACUGCACAGAGCUGUUGGCAGAGGUGCUGGGCUGCCCCUGGCCCAGCGCCGUGUUGGACACCUUCUUCAUGCAGCUCCACACCGACCACUUCAGCGGCUGCACCAAGGCUGGUGGCAGUGACGGUGAUGCCCUGCUGGGGCGGGCACUGAGCCCCCCUGGAGCCCAGGCCCAGACCCUCGCCCAGGAUGCCCACACCAGCCCGCCUGCCGCUGCCAUCAACUGGACUGCGCAGCUUGUGGAGGAGAUGUACGCCAACAUCUCGCAGCGCUGCUGGAAGCUCUUCGUGGAGCUCAUGGGCAACGUGAGCGCUCCGCAGCUCUGCGAGUGGAGCGUCAUCAGCAGGCCCUACAGCCUCCUGCAGUCCUGCCUGGAGGACUGGGCCGACCGGCUGAGCUACGGCUACCCCAACACGCUGGCCGAGAGCUACAUCUUCCAGAGCCACCACCACUACUUCCACAACUGCACGCCGCCGCACCAGGUGCUCGACCCGCCCGAGGACGUGCUGCUGGCCAUGAUCAUCGCGCCCAUCUGCCUCAUCCCCUUCCUCGUCACCCUCGUCAUCUGGCGCAGCAAGGACGGCAAGGCGCAGCCCUGAGCGCCGCCCGCCGCCCCCCCAUUAAAGAGCU